AGGCCGUAUGCUGAUUGGUUAAUAUUUUCUGACGUUUCACAUCGCUAACAUUCCUAUUGGUCUGUGGUACUAGGUUAAACUGGUAUCGUAUUUUUGUUCCUGUGUCAACCUAAAGAAAAAAAGAGCAGUAAGCAGUGAGACCGGGUCAAAAUUUGUAUAAGAUAGUUUUUAAAGCAUUUACAGGAGAGACUUCUUAUAUCUGACAGUAGACAGACAUCCGCCGCCCUAGCAGACCUCCAUUACGAAGAUGAACUCCAAUGUGGAGAAUUUGCCCCCCCAUGUUCUUCGCUUGGUCUACAAAGAGGUUUCAGCUUUGGCAGCAGACCCACCUGAGGGCAUUAAGAUUUAUCCCAGCGAGGAAGACAUAACAGAACUUCACACGUCCAUUGAAGGGCCAGAGGGAACUCCAUUUGCUGGUGGCAUUUUCCGAAUGCGUCUGGUCCUCGGGAAGGACUUCCCUGCUGUUCCACCCAAGGGGUAUUUCCUGACCAAGAUUUUUCACCCCAACGUGAGUCACAAGGGAGAGAUCUGUGUCAACGUGCUGAAGAGGGACUGGAAGGCAGAGCUCGGCCUCAGACAUGUCUUACUUACCAUCAAGUGUCUUCUCAUCCACCCAAACCCGGAGUCGGCUCUGAAUGAGGAGGCUGGGCGCUUAUUGUUAGAGGACUAUGCAGAAUACGAGUCGCGUGCCCGUCUCCUCACAGAAAUCCACGCCAUGGGGGGACCUGGCGGCACCUCUGGGGCGCCUCAGGAGCCAAGUGACGGCCCACAGCCAAAGAAGCACGCAGGUGACCCCACGAAGAGGGCGGGGCCCAGUGCGGCGAUCGUACCGGCGGCUCUGGGCAACGGCGCCAACGGGGCCAGCACCACCAGCAGCAAUAGCAGUAGUAGCGUUAAUAAUGUAGCAGGGAAAAAGAAGGCAGAUAAAAAGCGCGCGCUUAGGCGACUUUAAUGUCUCAGCAAAAUUCUCAGUGAGUGUGUGUCUGUGUCUGUGUGUGUGUGUGUGUGUGUGUGCGUGUGUGACUGAGUGAGUGUAAAUAUAAAUAUUGAAUUUUCGUUCCCUUUUUCUGACUCUUUCUACUGUUGAGUCCAGAUUGUCCAUUUUUUUACCCUUUUUUUUGCCACCAGUUUGGCUCAUCCUGUCGACAUGACAGGUUUGUUAAUUAUUUCCAUACCUGAAGACAUGAUUACAAAUAUCUGUUUCUCUUUAAAAAAAAAAUAGAAAUUUCCUUUGAUAAAUCAUGUCAAAACUUGUAUUUUUCCUUUGGUAAAGACAAAGGCUUUCACUGUGCAAAAUCUAGCCUCUAAUAUCUGAUAGAGAGACACAAAGCCUGUCUUCUUACACUUGAUAUCAGUUCUUCUUAAAGUGCUUCUUGGUAGAUGCUGACAUGACAGUACUGUGUACUGCACGGCCAGCCUUGUUCACGCCUUUGAACGAGGGUAUUAAUAAAGAGCAGGUUUUCAAAUUGAGCUAAAAGAAAAAAUUCUCAGAAAAAGCUACAGUAUGCCUGGGUCAUGAUUUGGAAGGAAACAUUGCUGCUUUUGUGCAGACGUAAAAUCUUUUAUAAAUUGUAUUUUUCAUAUUAUGACCUUUUAAAAGCAGUAAAGGUAUGGAAAGGGUUAGCAAAGGAGUUUAGGAAGUUCUUUUUCUCUUUUUUUUGGUUUUGUUUUCUACAGUUGUUUCACUGUCUAGGAUUUUCAAAGGCUUUUAAUUGACAUGUCCAAAUUUCAGCUGUGUUGUGCUUGUGUGUCAGGAUGCAAAUCAGUGGCUGUGAGGGAACAGGGUAGGUUGUCAAACAAGUUUUUUUAUUUUUUUCUCUCAAAGCAAAUAGAAAAGAAGAUCAAUCGUCUGUUCUCCGUAUUACUCAAACUGGUGUGAACCACCUCUGGCCCCGUCUCUCUACAAACACAGCAUGUGCUCAGGUACCUGGCUAUGUGGGCACAGGGGAAGGCAUGCGGGUUUGUGGAGCCGUCUCUGCACGGUCGGCUAAUCCGGUGGGUUCUCUCUCUCUCUGUGUGUGGGGGGGCACAUUUCCCAAGGAAGCACUGUUUCAAUUCUGAUGGAGAAGGUGUGUCUGAACCCCCUGUUUCAGUCCAGACUGGAUAUUUUGUGUCGUUUUUUUAAUUAUUUAAAUGAAUAAAACAUUGAAAUACGACAAGUGAAAAGGAAA